AUGGCAGAUCCUAAGACUUGCUGGCUUGGAGCAGCCUUGUCUCUCACCUGCUUAACUUUCCUAAUCUGUUGUGUUGAUGCAGCUUCAUUUCAACAUUACCAACUGCUUCAGAAAGACCCAGACUACAGAUUAAAAAACUUUCAAAGAUUUCCGAGUCCUGAUAUGAUUAAGGCUUUGGAGUACAUAGAAAACCUUAGACAGCAAGCUAACAAGGGGGAAAUCAACCCAGAGUAUAAUUCUUAUCAGGGAGUUCCAGUUUCUCUCCAGCAGAAAGAAAGUAUUGAUCAAAGCCACUUGCCAGAAAAUUUAAGGGAUUCAUUGAAUGAAGAAGAGUCACAUUUGAUGCAAAUAAUACUGGAAGCCUUGAGACAAGCUGAAAAAGAGCCUCAGUCUGCUCCCAAAGAGAACCAACUCUAUGCCUUGAAUUCUGAAAAGAACUUUCCUAUUGAUUUGAGUGAAGAUUAUGAGGCUCAACAGUGGCCUGAAAGAAGACACAAGCACGCCAAGUUGCCACGCAUGCAUGAAGAGAGCUCCCGAGACAACCCUUUUAAACGUACUAAUGAGAUUGUGGAAGAACAAUACACUCCUCAAAGCCUUGCUACUUUGGAGUCUGUUUUCCAAGAACUGGGGAAGCUGACUGGGCCAAACAACCACAAGCGUGAGAGGGUUGAUGAGGAGCAAAAACUAUAUGCAGAUGAUGAAGAUGACAUCUACAAAGUUAACAACAUUGCCUAUGAAGAUGUUGUUGGUGGAGAAGACUGGAACCCGAUAGAAGAAAAAAUAGAGAGCCAAACCCAGGAAGAGGUAAGAGACAGCAAAGAGGAAAUUGACAAAAAUGAAGAAGAAAUUGAAGAUGAGAUGAAGCGUUCAGGGCAACUUGACAUCCCAGAUGAAGAUCUUAGGAAAGAAAACAAGGAUCAACUCUCAAAUGAAGUAUCUAAGCUAAUGAACUAUUAUUUGAAAAAGUUAGUGAAUGGUGCAGGAAAUGGGAAGUUCAGGGGUGGAAAAAAUGAAGAAAAGAGAGCAGCUAAGUUUUUGGAGAAACAGUUUGAUCCCCAGUCAAUUUAUCAGCUAAUUGAAAUAUCAAGGAAUUUGCAGAUCCCACCUGAAGAUUUAAUUGACAUGCUCAAAACUGGGGAUAAGCCAAAUGAAAGAGUGGAGCCUGAGCAGGAACCUGAACUGCCAGAUGACCUAGAGGAAGUCGCAGAGACUGAUGUAGAACAUCCUGAUUUGUUCCAAAAUAAGAUGGGCUCUAAGAGUAGCUAUGGAAAGCAGUCUGGAGCGGCUGUGACAGAUUCCCUACCUGAAGGCCUUAAUAUUGAGGACAUUUUAAGCCUCUUAGGGACUGAGAAUGCAGCAAAUCCAAAAGCCCCAUAUUUUGCCAACCAGUUUAGUCGAGAGAACAUUCUCCCAAGGCUCUCCUAUUCUCCUGGAAGAAUUAGAGGGCAACAAAUUCCCAAAGCUGCUUGGAUGCCAGAUCUGGAAAGGAGACAAGUGACAUACAAAAACAUGAAAGAGAAGGAUGAAGAAUUAGGAGAUUAUUUAGCUAAAGUGUUAGCUAAAUACCCUGAGGUUAUGAAUUCAAACCAGAUGAAACCGGUUUCUAUCCCGGGCUCCUCAGAAGAUGACCAGCAAGAAGAGGAACAGAUCGAACAAGCCAUUAAAGAGCAUUUAAGCCAGGUGGGAUCUCAAGAGUCUGAUAAGUUGGGCUCUGUCACCAAAAGGCUUCCUCUGGUUACCCAGGAAAAUGAUGAAACCCAGAACAGACAGUACCUAGAUGAAGAUCUGUUGCUGAAAGUGCUGGAAUACCUCAAUCAGGCAAAAACAGAAAAGGGAAGAGAGCACAUUAUUAAAAGAGCAAUGGAAAAUAUGUAGGCUGCUCCUGUCAAUGCCCUGCCUCCCCCCAAUUGCCCCAAGGUUAUCUCUCUUUUGUGUGUUGCUCCUUUUCUCCUGUUCAUUUGUAUUUUCUCUAAAUGAUGUAUGGGCAAAUGGUUCCAGACCACUGGAAGAUUUGCCUAACG